AUGAUGGGCACCAAGAUGGCAUCUGCCAGCAAGGUCAUUCAGGUAGUCAAGCCACAUAUUCCAUUAAGGUUCCCUGACAGAAGACACCCCCCCAGAAGAGACAAUUCUAAAGUCAGUGUAUCAGAAGCUUUGUGUUCAGUAGGACAACCAUCUCAGUCUUCUUCAAUUUCACAGCAUUCUAAGGGAGGUAAAUCACCAGAUUUGCUGAUGCAUCUGGAUCCACCAGAUACUGCUCAAAUAAUAAAAGCGUUACCUCAGAAAUACAGAAAGAAACUUGUGUCUCAAGAAGAAAUUGAAUGUAUCCAAUGUGGAGGUCCAAAAAAAUCACUGACCAUGUGGCUGCUGUUUGUCAUCAAACAAAAGAAUAGUCCUUACGAUAAAGAACUUCCAAUAUGGCACAUGAGAAAUUAUACUUUAAUCAACUUCAAUAAAUAUUCCUAUCCACCAUCCCUCUGGCAACGAUGA